UCCAGAGGCAGUCUCUAAGGCUCUAAGGCGUGUGUAACUGACUUAACAGUCUGCCCGGCUGCACAGGAACAUUUGUGUCUUGGCGCUGACUGAGGGGGGAGUCAGUCAGAGCCUCUGAGCAGAGGCUGACUCUUACUGGAAAGAUGCAGACGGUGAGAGGAGAGAUUCCACUACACUUGAAGAAGGAGCUUGCUGCACGUGCCGACACAUACAAAGGGGCAGAUGAAUUCAGUGGGAGCCACUCCUGAAGGUUCAGCAGCGAUAUUUCAAAGGUGGACUUGAAAGAGCUGUACAUCUAUUUCCCUCCUCUACUCAUUUCUGAAUCACUGGACUGUGGCAAUCAAAGAGUGGAGCAGCGGAGUCAGUGGAGUUCUCUCCUCCAGCUGAGAUAGCGAAUGGAAUCAACAUGAGCGGCAUCAUGGAUGGAUUUAUGGCAUUUUGAUGAGAUAUUUAUAUAAUUAUUGACCGGUUGCUCAGCAGAUGUGUCCUGUCAUGUCCUGGCUGCUCUGCCUGUGCCUUUGGGUCAGUGUGACGGCCAUUCAGCUGUGUCAGGCCACUUUCUACGACACCAUACAGCAGCACCAUGGGACGAGGCCUGGGCGAACCACCAUCCACAUGAUCGAGGGGGGCACAUGUGAAGUAAUUGCUGCUCACAGAUGCUGUAAUAAGAAUCGUAUAGAGGAGCGUUCACAAACAGUCAAGUGUUCUUGCCUGCCGGGCAAGGUGGCUGGAACUACUAGAAACAGACCUUCAUGUGUUGAUGCAUCCAUAGUAAUUGGGAAGUGGUGGUGUGAGAUGGAGCCUUGCCUGGAGGGAGAAGAAUGCAAGACGCUCCCUGACAACUCAGGCUGGAUGUGCUAUGCAGGCAAUAAGAUCAAAACCACCAGGAACACUCAGCCAUACACAACAUCUACAUACUGAAGAUUUGCAGGAAGCGUGCAGCUGAAGGUGCGAAGGUUGAAUUGCAGCACUGUGACAGGACCAAGCACCAAACAUUCAACAAACGUACUGUUGCUUUAAGACAUGAACACUGCUCAGAUUCAAGUGUAAAAAGUUGUAGAAUACAUAAUGCACAUCCAGCCCAAGGCUGCUGACUAUACUGAUGCUCCAGGCUGCCUGCAGGAACAUCAUCAUAACCUCGUUACAAAUAUAAUUCCAUCACUUUUUCAAACUUUGAGAUGGAACGUAUGGCUGGGUGUGGAGUCAAAUCAGGAGAUUUUCUCACAUCCUUCCUCAGACGUCUGUCAGCAGCCAUCUACUACGAAGCCCCAGGCCAGCGAGGAGCAAGUCAAUUAGUCGACAGCCCUCAGGUUUUUUUUUCUUUUUUUUUAUAUUGUGUGAGGACACAUUUGUACAUAAAUUGUUUGCCUGUAAUUGUGUACCAGAGUUUUAUUUAUGGUGGUGUUGAGUCCUGAAUGCAGUCACGAACCCCCAAGCAGCCAAAGUUUGAAGAGCUGGAUCGGAAUAAUUGAACAGAUGUUUUGGGAGGGAGAUACGUGUGUGUCUUGAUGCUGCACAUUUUAACAUUAGUUUCUAUGGUUCCUGUAUGCCUUUGACCACCUCUUAAACAGCUGUACCAGUUGAACUUGGUAACAUGUCAGAGACCCUGAAAAUGAUCAACUUGCCAAAUAUGUGAUACCAGUAGGUUGUUUUCGAUACUUGAAAUGCCUUAUUUGUGUCAAAUCAUUUCAAAUGAUGAUAUUGUACAUAUGAAGCCAUAUGUUGAUAUGUGAUGAAAUUUCAUUAAAGUCAUUGUUCCUGUAAUGAACAUCAGUGCAUCUUUGCCAAGGCCUUCACGUGGCUUUGGCUGAGCAAUUAGGUUCCCAAAGUGUUGUACGCCUAAUGGCGUUGUGGUUGUGUGAAUAAAAAUUAAAAACAAUGUGAAUACAUUAGCGCUUGACACUAAGAGCUAUGGAAUGCGCCUGAACACAUCGUGUGAACAGCCUGCACGGCGCAGGUCGUACAGUGCAGAAGAAUUGAAUUUCCUUAUUGAUUUCUGUACUGCAUUGCAUUGCAUUGUUUUAGGGAUUAUUCUUUGUGUCACGACACAAUUUCACACCAACCUGGCACAUGUCCUGGGGUGUGUACAUUCGAUGAUAAACCUGUAAAGAUUCCUUUUCCAAAAAUACAUAUUAUAUUCUGGCAUGGUCAAAAAUAUUGGCAUGCCAAAGAUGGCAAUGUUUUUGGCCAUGCUGUAUGGAAGACAACCAAAUCAGCCUAAUUUAUACUGUACAGCCACGGCCGAAAACAUUGGCAUCUUUGGCCAAAAUCAUUGGCAUCUUUGGCAUGCCAAUAUUUUUGGCCAUGACUGUAAUCAUAUCAAACAAAGCAGUUUUAUUGUGUGCUUAUUGUGGUUUAUUCUUUUUAAGUGUGCAGGAUUAGGGGGUACAUGACUUUAGGCCAAAUGUCUGAAGGGGUACAGGACUGUGAAAAGUUUGGGAACCACAGGCCUGUCAGACUUAUCACCGCUAUAUGUGGAUGGAACUGAGGCUUUAGGGGAACAGUGUGACAUUUUGGGGAAAUCGACUUUUCUUCCUCUUGCUUUCUUGCUGGACGAUGCUGCAGAUGAGAGGCCUGAUAUGGAUAAGGCUUAGCUCAGCUUAGCAUAAAAUAGUAAACUGGGAAAAUGGCGAGGCGAGCUCUGGACAAGUAUAGGAAAAUCAUUGCUGUAUAUUUUCUGUUCUGUUCGAAAGCGCGUGCUCAUGUAAUCAUGACAUCAAAGAUUCUAUAACCCAUAAGUGCUUCGAAAGUACAAGUCUGCUUCAUUUUUUAGACUAAAUUGGAGGCACAGUACAGGAAAGGUCAAAUGUCCAUUUUAUUGCCUAAUGUCUUAUUAGAAGAAAACAGAGGCUCACUUCAUAAGUAUGAGCUGCCGAUUUAUAUUUUUAGGUUGGUCAUAGUGAAAUCUUAAAUAUUAUGUUUGCACCAGAGAAGAGCUGCUUAAAGAGCUUUACUUCAUUCAUUUCGGGAUAACACACAUACUAGUGAUGUGCGGGGAGGUUCAUGGCUGGUGAGGCAUUGACUCCUUUUUUUAUUUAAUAAUGGUUGCUCAUGAAGAGGAUAACAAGACAAAUAAAAGAAUAAUUCACUUAAU